AUGAUUUCCGCUACCUUCGACAGUGCCUGGGCCGUCAAAGAAGCGGAGAACAUUACCGCUGGCCUCGUCAUAUCCGAUUUAUGUAUAUCUGUCGCGGCCCUAGUUCUAGCUUCCCACAGGACUGCCCAGAUAAUCCUCAGUAAAGAAGCUCAAUCCCCUCCGAAGCACAAUUUGGCCGAGCUCAACACGCCUCUCAUCUGCAACAAAGUGUCCGAUAUCUCUAUUGCAUCAAAGUUAAUUUCAUCGAAUCCAAUUUCAACCGAAUCUUGCAGCACUCCGCCAUCCGUAUUAUUUUCACCGAAUCCAAUGGCAAAUGACUCUUACUGCACUUCGCCGUCUACAUGUUCAACACUAUGCACGCCAAUACUGCAGACCUCGCCAAUUCAGAACGCCAAGCGCCUCUCAAUCGAUUCCUACACCACUCUCGUCGAUGACGAUGACGAUUUCGUGAAGGAUCUUUCUGACGCGGACCUUUACGAAAGCACAUUUGCCAAGCGGACGCAGCUCCAGCUAAUCAUCCUAGAGGACGGACCCCUGACGGCCACCGACCUUUCGCUCCUUGUGGACGCUUCGACUCAAACGACUACGACGCUCUCUCGGCAACAUUAUGUCUCAGAUUGUCUCGCCUCAGCUGAAACCCCCGGAUACCAAACGGCAUCGGAAUUUCCGCCCAUGCAGAGACAAGCGUCUAGAUCCACACGCGUGGUCGCUGUCCGUGGCAGCAUCGAACGCGCUUACGCCAAGCAACAGGUAGAACACGCUGCUAUAAUCCAUCACCUUGGACAACUGCACUACGAUCUCCUCGCCGACCAAACCGCUCUUGCUGACGGCUGGGCAACUGCCAUGUCCCAGCUUGGACUCACCUCUACGCUGUCGCCUGCCUCACCGCCUCUGCACCAGAAGACGCCCAACCCAGGAAACUCGAUCGACAUUAUUCAAGACUGA